ACCGUACCUGGUGCUGCUCCCAUACCAGGCAGUGUUAUUCCCUGUCAGGAUGCUCUCCAUGGUGCUGGUGUACAGACUCCAGAGUAUCUGGGGAGACUCUCUCUCUGUGACUUCCUCACCACAGGGUCUGUGGUACAGGACCACGUCCUUGGCAAUCUGAACAGCAGGGUGUUAUAAGUUGACCACCCUCUCCACGGGGUACCCACUGAUGUGUAGAGGGUUGUGGUUCCACCCCUGCUUCCUCCUGUGUUCUACUAGCAGGCCUUGGAUUCAGCAGUCCUCUCCAAAAUGUUUACAGUGUUGGUUGUUCCUUCUCUGUGUGAAGCACACACACAUAGCACACACAGGCUGGUGUGCUAUGUGACCAGCCAGACACAACCCCAUCCUGAUGUCCCCUCCUUCCACCUGGACCAAGUGGACCCUUUACUCUGCACACACAUCAUCUACGCCUCCCUGGACCUGGCUCCUGAUGACCACAUCCUGCCCUUCUCCUCCGAAGAUCAGGAAGCCUGGAUUUCGCUCAGCAGUCUCAAAGACAGUAAUCCUGAUCUGAAGAUGCUGCUAGCCAUAGGGAGAUGGACCUCCAUUACCACAAGGCUUCUGGAGAUAGCCUCAGACUUCCCCAGGCGAAAGACGUUUGUGCAGUCAGCGGUGCAGUGCCUGAGGCAGGAGGGUGCUGAUGGUCUGGACCUGGUGUGGCUGCCUGGAGCCCAGAAUAAUGACACUCUCCUCACUCUGUUUCUCAAGGAGUUGCAGGGGGCGUUCCAGGAGGAGGCUGGUGUGUCUGGUAGAGAGACCCUGCUCCUCUCCACAGCUGUGCCAGGGCUGGAGGACCCUGACCUCCAGGGCUCUGAUGCACGCUCCUUCUCCCAAUAUGUGGACUUCAUCUCCUUUCUGACCUAUGACCUUCAGCGGCCACUGCAGGCAACACCAGAUGUGAACCAUCUGGUAACAUACUGGCUGUCACAGGGAGUGGAGUCUCAGAAGCUGACCCUGGGAUUCCAUGUCUCAGCUCCGGGACUGUGGACCCUGGAGAAUGAGACCAGCUUACAGUGGGACUCAGAGGAUCACACGCAGAUGUGCCACUUUCUGAGGACCUCCCAUGCUCAUCCUGAUGACCACAUGCUCAGCUCUGAGAGACAUGGAACCAGCCUGAGAGGAAAGCUGUGGCAGCUGAGGAGAGUGGGUGUGCGGGCAGCCUCAGUGUGGUCCCUGGGCCUUGACGACCCUACUGGGACCCUGUGUGGCCGUGGCUCCUCCCCCUUCACCAGGCUGCUGAGGUCUUCUCUCAGGCGCAGGAAUCACCACACACCUCAUCACCGCUCGCCACACCACUAUCAGCAUCGGCACCACCAUCGCCACGGUUCCUCUACCCGGGACCGUCACCUUGGCCACCGCCAUUGUCACCGUCAUCGCGUCCGCAAUGACAUGGUGUCACCUAGGCAACACACCACCUCGGUCUGAGUGCUCAGAUCUGUUUGUGUACUCAGUGUUUGUUAAUGAGGGUUCCUUCUUGCUUAUGUGGAAAACAAUUACGUACACGCACACACACGCACACACUUUCCUAUAGCAGCCUCACGGCAGGUAGUGAUAGCAGAUAGAUACUGCGUUCUCUGUGCAUGAAUAGAUUUAUGAGCCUAUUAAGAAAUCAUCCUAAGGAAUUCUGGCACACACCUGGUCCUCUGGUCCCCCUAUACUCUCCAGCAAAUUGGCUCCACAGGUAAUUACAGAGCUCCUGUGGCCAUCAGCUUUCAUUUGGAGCAGUGGGAGAGCCCCUUUGCUUUUAAUAGCUUCCUCUCCAUCCUGCUGACUUUUUGUCUGUGCAUAAGCCCAAAAACAACCCUGUACCAUUGAGAUACUGUGAGCCAGCCAGUGCUCAGGAUCUGACACUGGGACACUUCAAAGCUGGUGUAAUAUCCUGAAAAGCACCAUUUGUAAUGUGUUAUAACUUUAGUUCUAUUCUGUUGUUUUUUAGUUCUAUCCUAAUCUUGUGUUGCAUGUUUGGUCAAAACAUACAGUGCAGCAUGAGUAGUCUUUAUUAGGUUCUUCAUCUGUACUCUGUCUAUAUAUUGAGCACCAUUUCAACAAUAUCAGACUUUGAAAUAAAGAAUUUGCAUCACUAAUUCCUGCUCAAUGGGAUAUGAGCAGGUCUGGGUAGAGUAUGAAAGCUAUCUUAGAAAUGUGUGGGAGUCAUUUGAGUUUCUCAGAGCACCUCCUGUAAUCCACUUCUCAAUUUCAAGUUACUGUUUGUUUGGUGUUCAUCAACACACAUCAAUUUAUCAUGUGUACAUGCGUUGGGGAGACUGUGUGGAAGAUCGAUUAGGCUUUGUUAACAAGCCACGUUUACUGGCAGAGAGAUCAUAAAUCUUCAUUGUGCUGUAUCAGCAAAAUGGGUCGCCUUUGGACAGGGUUCAUUACAGACUCGCUGGGAGCAAAUUUGACCACUCAUAUCUAAUAUUAAUGAAUGUUGUCUGUUGUCUCACCCUACAGGGCCAAUGGCAAUUAAAGACCCCAAGAAUUGAACGUUCCCUGGUGAUUAAUUGAGACAUAACAUGAGAAAGACUGAUUCUCGUAAGAGGACGGUUAAUUAUCUAAUGUCCAAUUAUGCCACUGGCCCAAGCUUGGUAUAAAUUGCUACUCAAUCUCUUUUUGCCUGAGUAACAAAAAAGGGGCCUACACUGUUUCAGUGUUGUGACAGUGUUUGUUGUGAAAUACCGUUGAUAAAUGAUCUGCUUGUAAUAAUCCUGUAAAGUGAAACUUUCUUGUGUGUUUCUGAGGUAACAUUGACUUUCAUGCAGUGAAUGUCAUGUGAUGGAAAACCAUUUCCUGUAAAUUGAUAACACAAAGCAGUGUGAAGAUAAGAGUACUGGCCAUGUGUGGGUUCACAGAUAGAC